CAAAUUGGGUAUAAAAAUUGUGUAAACUCAGUUUUGUAGCAUAUUUGUUAAGCCAGAGUCAAGCGAGCAACAUCCAAGGCGAGAAAUUCGAAAAUGUUCCGAUACUUCUGUUUUACAGCAUUGCUGACGCUUGCAUGCGCCGCACCCGUCGAUGAGCAGGUAAUGGUUACCGAGCCCAUUAUGGAGCUGCGGGCGCCACCGAUGGACAAUAUGGGACCGGUUGUAGUGACAGAGAUGGAACCUCGCGUACCCGUUAUUGGCAUUAUGGACGCGGGACUGCAGCAAUCCACAGAUGGCGCCUAUAACUUCCAUUAUCGCGGCGAGGACGGCUCCUUUCGGCAGGAGAGCGCAGUGGUCAUCAAUCCAGGCACUGAAUAUCAGUACCUGAAGAUUAGUGGCAGCUACUCGUACUUCGACGCCAACGGCAAGGAGGUGGUGGUGCAUUAUAAUGCCGACGAUCGCGGCUUCGUGCCCGAGGGCAAUAACAUAAUGCCGCAAAUUUCGACAGCGGCGAAGAUGAACAGCCAACUGCCGCGCGUGGUGGAGAAGCCAAGACCACAAGAAUCGAAUGUUCCGCAUGUUUCGAAUGUUCCGCAUGUUUCGAAUGAUCCACAGGUUUCGACUGUUUCGAAUGUUCCGCAUGUUUCGCAAGUUCCCGUUAUGGGCAACGUUUGGAAUAGUCAAGUUAUGCAGGUGUAGGCGCUAAGCCGAUAUUAACAUAUGUAAAUGCGAAUUCGGUUAAGAGAUAAAUUAUGAAAUGUACGCUUUAGAUGCGGAUCUUUUUGUUUCUGCUUUUAUUUUAUGUUUCUUUUUAAGUUGAAUUUAGCAUCUCCUUAAUUUGCUGCAAAUGAGAAUAAAAAGACUUUUCACCACGA